AUGGGAGACAAUCUGCUGGGUGUGGCACAGCCUGCACAGCAGGUGCAGCUCCUGCCAAAAGGAGUCUUGAGCCGUCACGCCCAGGUGCGGAAGUGUGGGGCCGAGCUCCUCCUGUCCCUGAUGGAGAGAAUUGGAGUCACAAAGCUGGCAGGCACAGCCAGGGCUGAGAGGCUGGCACACGUGGCAGGGAAGCUUGCUCAGGACUGUCACCAGGACACAAGGCAUUAUGGACAGGAGAUGGUGAAGAUGUUGCUCAAUCAUCAAAAAUUUAAAAUGCUUUUGGAGCGAUCUCUUUCCACCCAUGACCUGGAAGAUAUUCUGACAAGAAUGCAGAAGAAAGGGAUGGAAAACCAGAAGGCUGAAUGCCCAUCUGUCAAGGAGCUGGUGAAGAAGAGGAACGAUGGCUCCAAGAAGCCCCAGGCCACAUUGUCUUCUAGCAAACAGGUGAAAUCUACCUCUGAUGGAUGCCUCCUACACCGUGCACAAGCCCAGGUCACGUUACCUCCGGUUGAGGAAGAAACGGAGCUGCUCCAGAAGCUUUACAAUCUCCUGGAGGCCAACGGGUUUCAGAUGCGCAUGGAAGGAGUGUCACUCCUCCAAGACCUGUGCAAAACCAGCCCCCAGCUCAUCUCCACUAACAUUGUCCAAAUUUUUGAAUAUUUUGUCCUGAGAAUAUCUGACAGCCACAAGAAAGUGAAGCAGAAGGCGCUGGACGUGCUGGCUGAAAUCACAGGCGUCCUGAAAGAUGCCUUGAACCCGGUGAUCAUUGGUUUGGUGGAAGGAAUAACGAAGAACCUGAACUCCAAGGACCCCAGGGUUCGUGCCGCAGCUGUGAAAGCGCUGGAAGAAUCCAUUGCUCAUUUAGAUAAAGUGUCACUGCUGAAGGAGUUCAGCUACCAGUGGAAUCAACUGAGUGGCCAAGCUCUGCUGGAUGUCACGGAGUGUAUCACAGAGCUGUGCAGCACCUGA